AUGUCUUCAAUCAGGAAUCUUCUGUCCGCGCUGUUGCUCCUCCCUGCAGCAUUUGCAGAAGAUGUUCUUGUCAGCCGUCGCCAUGAUCUGCACCAGAGGAGAAGCGACACGGGUAAUUUUGAGAUCUCAAUUUACCAUAUCAACGAUGUCCAUGCCCAUCUCGACCAAUUCUCCUCAUCUGGGACAGACUGCACACGGCCGGAGAGAGGGUGUUUCGGUGGCUACUCACGUGUCAAGACAAUUCUAAAUUCAACCCGGCCGUCGAAGGAGAACAGCUUGUUCCUGAACGCGGGGGACGAGUUCCAAGGCACACUUUUUUACAACUUCUAUAAAGGCUGGAGGACUGCAGAUACUCUCAACCAACUUGGCGUCAAUGCCAUGACCUUGGGCAACCACGAGUUUGAUGGCGGCGACGAGGAGCUGGCCGCUUUCAUCAAUAACAUCACUUUCCCAAUUCUCGCAGCAAAUCUCAAAAGUACCAACCCGACUCUGAACAGUUCUGUUAAGCCGUAUGUUAUUUUUGAAGAAUAUGACCUGGCAGUGAUCGGAGUCAUCACCCCAGAGACAAGCCAGCUGAGCAACCCUGGAAACGGCACUACCUUCACCGACCCCAUUGUCGCCGUGCAGGCUGCCAUUGAUGAGAUCAAGGCCACAACCUACAUUCGAAGGAUCGUAGCUCUCACCCACAUUGGCUACUCGGAAGACAUCAAGCUCGCACAGCAAACAACCGGCCUCUCUCUCAUCAUCGGCGGGCACUCACAUACCCCAUUGGGCAAUUUCACCGGCAGUCAGGGGUCCUACCCAACAAUAGCGGAAAACACAGAUGGAGAUGAGGUCUUCAUCGUGACUGCAUAUCGCUGGGGCGAGUACCUCGGGUACAUUGACCUGGUAUAUGACUCGGCCGGGCGCGUGCUCGAAUAUCACGGCGCGCCAAUCCACCUGACAAACCAGACGAAGCAGGACCCGGAGCUGCAGGCGCAGAUCGACGCGUGGCGGGAGCCGUUCCAAGAGUUUGCCAACGAGGUCGUGGGCGAGUCGGCCGUCGAGCUUGUGCAGGAGACGUGCCAGGCCCAGGAGUGCACGCUCGGCGACUUCAUGGCCGACGCCAUCACUGCGUACCGGCCCGAGGCCGACUUUGCCAUCAUCAACGCGGGCGGCAUCCGCGCGUCCAUCGACGUCGGCCCCGUCACCAGAGGCGAGGUCCUAACGUCCUUCCCGUUCGGCAACGCCAUCGUGGAGCUUACCUACUCCGGGCAGCAAGUCUGGGACGUGCUCGAGGGAAUUGUCUCUGCUGUCAACCAAGCCAACGGACGGGCGGUGACAAGCUUCCUGCAGGUGAGCAGCAGCCUAAGGAUUGUGUACGACCCCGCUGGCCAGGUUGGAAGCAGGCUUAUGAAUGUGACUGUUGCGGGUACACCUAUCGACUUGGCUGGUACUUAUCAGGUGGCCACUCUUGACUAUCUUGCUGGCGGAGGUGAUAAUUUCUUUGAGGCGACUACUGAUUACAUCACACUGGACUUGCAGGCGGAUGUGCUGCUUGCAUAUUUGGCUAGUGAGAACCCAGUUGAUAUCACGUUGGAUGGAAGGAUAUCAACCCCAACGCCGAGUACCAGGAGAAGAAGAGGGCUAAAGCGGGUUUCCCGUGCUUGA